CUGAGUUCCCAGCCUUUCCUUGCCACAAUGACCAGAUCCUGGCUGUGUUUGUCAUUGCUCCUCGUGGGAGCCCUGCUCCUGGGGCAGCCGGUGUGGGGGCAAGAAGAAGAAGAAGAGCAGCCCUCCUGGGGAGAUGAGCCUGUCCCAGAGGAGCCUGAGGAGCAGAUGGUGCCACCUUCGGCCGAAGAAGAAGAGGGGGAUUGGGAAGAGGAGGAAAGCCUGGAAGAUUCAGACUACUGGAGGCCACGCAGCUUUGAGGACCAUGAGAGGAUGAUGGCUCAAGCGCAUAGAAGGUUUAUGGAGGAGGAGGCAGCAUACAGCGCAAAGCCAGUGCAUGACUUCAUGAAGCAUAUGGCGGUGGCUCACUAUAACAAAUAUGAUUGGCAAAGCAGAUAUGGCAAUUACUACAAGCACUAUGAGAGCAGCCAUAUGGAUGUCGAGGUGAGCAAAGCAGAGGUUGUGAAAGGUUCCCCAAGUGGGUGGGUGUGUGUGGGUGGGUGGGUGGGUGGGUGGGUGUGGACUAUGGGACCAUAGAAUCCUAGAAUUGUAGAAUUGGCAGGCAUCCCAAGGAUACAUCUAGCUGAAUCCCCUUCAAUGCAGGAAUCACUGCUGAAUGCCUUUCAGAUAGUCAUUCAACCUCUUUGCGAAAACCUCCAGCGAAGGAGAGCCCGCCAUUUUCUGAGGGACUGUUCGUUCCACUGUUGAACAGCUCUUGCCCUCAGAAAGUCCUUCCUAAUGUUUAGUCAGAAUCUCCAUUCUUGGCACUUGAAUCCAUUGGUAUGGUUUCUACCCUUUGGGUGUAAGACACCUGGGGACCUUCAUUACUGUUGUUUAUUAGAUUUAAGAACCACCCUUCAUCAUAAACUCUCAGGGCACAGAAUACAAUACAGGAUUAAAAACAAGUCAAUAGUGAAAACAAAGCAGUAAAAUAAUAAGCCCCCCUUUUUCUCAGACGUAUUUAAAAGGCUGUUGAAUAUUAAUCAGAGGAAUGUUUUUUGCCUGGUGCCUAAAAAUAUAUAAUGAAGGUGCCUGGCGAACCUCCCUGGGGAGAGCAUUCCACAAAUGGGGAACCACUACAGAGAAGGCCCUUCCUCUCUCCUGAGGCUGAGAAAAGGCACAGAUAAAGUGGGGAACUAGAAAAUAUUGUUCUGUUGAGAUUCCCCUUGUAUAGGGUGGAGGCUCCUCUAGCGUUCAGGUGGUGGGGCUUGUGGGUGCAACUGAGCCCCCUGCCCUCCCUCUGCACCAGGACUUCCCAACCUGAUGCUCCCUCAUUUUCCCAGUCUGAAGUACAGUUAUCCAUCUUAGAACCAUAGAACUGUAGUGUUGGAAGGAACCACAAAGGUCAUCCAGUCCAACCCCUUGCAAUGUAGAAAUCCUUCACCCAACAUAGGACUCAAACCCACAUCCCAGAGAUUAAGAUUCUCAUGCUCUACCAGUUGAGCUAUCCCAGCAAUCCACAGAUUCAUUUCUUUUAAAAAAUCCUCAUGAAAAUCCCUUACCACCUGGGUGCAGAUUUCUCCUAAUAAACAACAUUUUUUGCAUGCAGUUUUGUCUCACAUUUUUUGCAGGCAUCUUUUCCCAAACACAAUGCAUUUCUGCAUGUUACUUACAUUCUUAGGCACACUUUCGCCCCAGUACAUGCAUUUUUGUAAACAUUGGUUGGUUGGAAAACUGCACUGUAGCUUGUUAGGAAAGCUUGGAACUCUGUGAGUCAGCACCCUUAAGAAACUACAUUUCUGACGAUUAUUUUUCUUGCGGUAGUGGGGAGAACCAUGAAUGUUUAAAGAGGUUUAAGAGUGCUUUUAAUAUAUGGAGUAGAGGCUACAUAAAACAAUUAACUAAUAAAUCAUACACAAACCCCUUUCCCUCUUUUCUACAUUUCUCCAAAUCCCAAUUACCUAUCAAAAAUAAUGAUGAUGAUUUCUGUAAAUGGCGGGGGGGGGGGGUAGGUUCCUUAAUCUGCGACAGUAUGACGUUUGUAGUCAGAGAACACCGGGGCGGGUGGGGCGGGGCGGGCGGUGUUUGGAAUCCAAGAGCAAGAAUCUCCCCCACCACCCCCUUUAAUAAGUCACUUCCUGGUUCUGCUUGCAAAAACCCAGACAUUUUGCUGAAUUUUCAAAAUUCCAGACACAAAGCAACCCUAGACUGGAGGGACUCAGAGAGCCAGCAUGGUGUAGUGGUUAGAGCGCUGGACUAGGACCUGGGGGACAAGGGUUUGAAUUCCCACUCACCUGUGAAGCCCAUAGGGUGACCUUGGGCCAGUCACUCUCUCCUAGCCUAGUCUACCUCGCAGGGUUCUUGUGAGGAUAGAACGGAGGGUGGGUGUGCACAGAAGCAUGUUCGCCACCUUGAGCUUUUUGAAGAAAAGGUGAGCUACAAAUGCAAGAACGACAACAGCCUGACUUGGCCUGACAUGCCAAGCGUUCUAAGGGUUGGGAGCAAUUCCCUGGUGGCGAGCGAAAGGCACUCUGCACAUGCUUCGAUACCCUUUUUUUGCAUUUUACGCACUUAGCACAUUCCAAGCUAAGCCCUGCCUUAAUGCAAGCCUACACCUCUGGAGACGACUUGGCCAAGCCAAGCCAUGCAUCAGCUUCAGCUCGAAAGUCUUUCUCGUUCUCUGCUUCCAGAAGGCGGAAGGGAUAAUACUCACCUUUGAGAUGACUUUGGCGAAAACCAACUGCACAAAGGAUGACGUGAGCAACCAGGAGGAUUCCGUCCCGCGGUACUCCGAUCUGUACUUGGAGAGCCAGGGUUGUGUGCUACUACCUGAAUCUGAACAGGAGGUAAGAUAACAGAAUCGGUGUUGUUUUUCAGUCCGGACUGCCAGAUGAUGUCAGAUGUCUUAACAUGUCCUGGGAGCAACAGGGAGGCUGGCCCUUUAGGGGGAAUGGGGCGCUGCCCUACCAACCUCAGCCUGUCCCCCCCCCCCACGCCCACAGUCCCAUUUUCUUACAAGGGGUGGGCCUGCCUAUCGGCUUCCCCCAUCCUCAGUCUCUGAGUUGCCCUUGUGGAGCUCAGCAGGGCGGAAAAGGAUAAUAGCUAAGCAGCGUUAAUCUUUGGAACUCGCCCCUGCAGGAGGCAGUGAUUGCCACCAACCACGGUGGCUUUAAAGGAGGAUUAGACAGAUUCAUGGGGGAGAAGGCUAUUGAUGGCUCCUAGCCAUGGUGACUGUGCUGUCCCUCCACAGUCAGAAGCAAUAAUGCUGGAAGAAACCACAGGUGGGGGGAGAUGCUAUUGUGCUCAGGCCAUGUUCGCUGGCUCCCCACAGGUAUCUGGUUGUCCCCUGUGAGAACCGGUUGCUGGACUGGAUGAGCCAUUGGCCUGAUCCAGCAGGCUUUCCUUAUGUUAGAUCCAGCUCAGCCUUCCUUUGCUUGUAUUCCCUGGACAACCAAGCAGUUGCCGUCUGUCUCUGACUGUUUCCCCAACAUAAAGAGCUGGUCUUUUCAGGAUGCUGAAUGCUGCCGCCUGAGUCCAUGGCUGUGUCUAACCCGAAACCAAAGAGCCCCUUCCUUCUUUCCUAAUAAGUGUGUUGCCAGAUUGUCUUCAAUACAUGGGAUUUCUCGUCUUUUGUUUUCUUAAUUUGCAUGUGUCUCUUGUUCUCUCUCCCCCCCCAUCUUACCUCUGUUUUUAGAAAUACGACUGCACGUUUAAAAUAUUUCUAGAUGAGGAGUAUGGAGGGGCAACUGUGAUUGACGAGGAUUGCGAACAUGUUCCUGGAAGAACGGAAGGAAUCUCUGAAGAGGCGGAGGAGGAGGAGGAGGAGGAGGAGGAGGAGGAGGAGGAAAUGUUUGAACCCCCCCUUGAAGAGUAUUGAAGAUUUGGCCUCCUCUCUGAAUGCUGAUGCCCACUUUUGCUGGCAGCGGUGGGAGAGAAGCCCCCGCUUGAUUUACCCCUUUCCUUCCUUCCGCACCUGCAAUGUAAUCACUUAGAUACAAGCCAGAAAACUCUCCCACUAAAAGGAGGCGUUGGAAUCCACCGCAGUCCCCUCCGCACCCCAGAAUCGCUCUCUUCCCACUGUUCCAAAGUAGG